CUAGAAUGACCCUCAAAGGUCGUUACUAUCCUUGCGGUAAAGAUUAGAGAAGACUUGGAUCAUCUCACAAACCCCCUUUGUGUAAGUGAAUGUUAAGGAACACUCUGCUCCCUUUAACUUGACUCGCUGCAUCACAGACAAAGGCCUUACAGGACUGUAAUACACCCCCUCGCCCUUAAAACAAGUGCUGCUUUGCCAGACACAACGCACUGUGCAGCAGUUUUUCAGAGCACGGGGGAAAACAGUAAACUCAACCAUUUGUCUCGCCCCCACAAAAGAGGGACAGAGAGAGAGAAAAAAAAGGGACCAACACAGCUGACCAAUGGUCUCCGAAGAUGACGAGCUACAUUCAGAUUCACACACAGCUGCGGGGGUUUCUUCGGUGAAGCUGUACAAUGUUUGUAUGUACAGCAGCAUAGAGAGUGAGGGCCAAACACCCUGACUUCAUUUAGCAUAAGUCCCCAGGUUUUACUUUGCAUUUUAAGCUGUGAUCCAGAUAAUGAUGCGAUUCAGAAGUAUUUUACUUAUCCGAAACCCUAUUAGAAUUUCUUUUGUGUCUUUUUCUGGGUCACAUCUUAUUUUAAAACUCCUACAGGCAUAUUCUGGCUCUCUAAAAGUGGCAGACAGCAACAGUCUCCACGUCAUCCAUUCACAUCAGCGCGUUUGGAGCAAACAGAAGCUGGUGCAAUCACAGUUUAAGAUCCGAGCUGACUUGUGAAAAAAGAAUGGUUGUCUUGUGUCCUCGCACAUACGUCAUCCAGUGUAGCUACAACGACGAUGCCAAAUGUUGAACAAUGUAUGUGACAUUCAGCAUUAGAUGAUGUUCCCUGACCUUUGUGCCUUGUAUGUGCAGCACUGCCUGCAAAGAGGGAGGGAAAAUGCAUGUGUCCAUGUCUGAAAUUGCAUGUGUGUUUGUGUGUUUGUGUGUGCGCGUGUGUGUUUUGAGGCAUUAGUGCACGGGAUCCCUCCAGGUUGAGUAUUGCGACAGUUCUGCAGGUUUUCAUUGGUUAUUCAACAGUUGUAAAUCCCAGAGAUCGACAUCCUAUGGAUGCGCUUUGAGUGACGCGGUGCGGUGUAAGUGAAAUUCAGAUGCAACAGGCUGAAGCCGAACUUUCUCCAUCCACAAUAAUAAUAAUGAAAAUAGCCAGUCAAAACAGAACAGCGCCCGUCCUCAAAAGAAGGACAAAAAAUAAGAUAUCGUGUGGCCUUCUGUGGUGCAACUUUGCGACAUUUCUAGCUGCAAAGUAGGUAAAUAAUACAACCAGAUCUCAGUCUCAGUGUUCAUUCGAUGGUCUGCACAUACGGUUCAAUAAUCAGUGUGCGGUCAGAACAAAACCAUCUUCAAAAAGCAGAAAAAACAGCCAAACAAAAAAGGCUGUGUUAUUUCAGGCUGUGGGUUUUGUUGAAUCUGUUAAAGAGGAAAUGAGGAAGAUUUUCUAACUUUCGCUCAAAAAUCAAAAGAUUUAGAGGUAAUUUGUUACAGAUUAGACAAGAUGACAAUUUUAGAAAAAACAACGUUGAUUAGAUUAGGUCCGUAUAAACAAAUUAGGAGAUACCGUGUGGGGUUUCAUAGAUAAAAGGUGCUGUGCGUUUCUCCUUUUUUGCAGUGUGCAGUCAUUAGCCAUUAGUCAAUCUCUCAACAGGUCAGGAGCUUUUCCAGGAAGUUACAAGGCAAACGUGUCAAUAGCGAGUCCAUGGAUUGUCAAAAGUCCAGCUCUUAAGUUCCAUGGAGGGAGGGUUCCAAGUGUUAACCCAGCUUUUUGAGUCUCCCUGUCACUUUCUCAAGUGAACAAAACCACCCAUUCAAUCCUGGGCCAGUCGUAAGCAGGAACUCUUGAGGAAUGAGUGUUUUUAAGAUUUCACAGGAAUUUCUAAGCUGUUAACUUUACAGCUCAACAUUUUUCUUGGUCUGGGAAAACUUUUGGCUCUGCUUAUACACUCGAGUUUUUCUGCGAGCGGGAGAACUCCCCCCCCCCCCCCCCCAUGUGACUGGAGCUACUUCUUGUGGGCCGCUCCUCUCGUUGUGCUGCCAGGUUUGUUCCCGGAGCGACGGACUGGCACCUUGGAUACAGGGAUUCUGGUGCGAACUGGGGCAGGCGCCUGGGUCUUUGGUGGAGGGGUUUAAGCCUCUAGAACGGACGCCAGGGCCGACUGGCUCACAGAGUGGGGAGGUGUGUCAGGCUGGGUGCUGGUGCAGGCGGAAGGAGGCAGGACUCAAAUGCAGGAGUUUCAAAAUUUCCAAAAGUGCUCUUUAUUCUGCACAAAACCGAACAGAAUCCAAAGAACGUGUCCCAACGAUGACUGACUAAGACAAUGACGCGACGAGGGACAACAAGCACACGGGGCUUGAAUACACAAGGGAGGUUCAGGUGAUUGGACACAGGUGGGAACACUCAGGCAAUCACAGGACAGGACAGGAAGUGAAGCUCACCCAGAGACACAAGAGACAAGAAAACUACAAAGUAAGACAGGAAGAGGACCCAAAUCGUGACAGAACCACCCCCUCAAGGACCGAAUUCCAGACGGUCCUCAAGGGGGACAGAACCGGAGAAAAUCAGACAAGGGGAGGGAGGGUGGGGACCCGACGAUCCUGGGUCGCUCGGGGAACUUCAGGUGCUGACGGCCAUGUCUCGGGUCCUUCGGGGGGCCGGCCGGAACGGCGGCCGAGCCUCAGGGUCUCGGGGGGUCUGCCGGGGCGGCGCCCGGGCCUCAGGGUCUCGGGGGGCGCUGGGCUCUGCAGCGCCGGCGUGGCAGGGGUAGCCGGGCUCUGCGGGGUGCCGGGCUGUGCGGCUCCGGCAUAGUCGUGGCGGGGGGCGCCGGCCUAACCCCUGACCCCACCCCUCCCUCAAGGGCCGGAUCCCAGACGGCCCCCAGGUGUUGGGGGAAGAGGAUCAAGGGACGAGAGGGAGGGGGCACGAUCAGGGGUCGUGGGGACGGGGCUGGAGACAGGACGGGCAGUGACAGGCGUCGGGGGGCCGGACACGGGUCGGGUUGAGGAUGUCCCGUAGCUCGAGGCACGCCUUCUGAUAGCUUCUGGGACCAAAAAUGAAAUUGGUUUUGCGCCGGAAAAACGGGCUACUCACAUCAAGGUAGUCCGGGCCCAAAUCGCACAAGGAGUCUGCUGAGUCCUUACUUGGUCGCGUCAUUCUGUCAGGCUGGGUGCUGGUGCAGGCGGAAGGAGGCAGGACUCAAACGCAGGAGUUUCAAAAUUUCCAAAAUGUGCUCUUCAUUCAGCACAAAACCGAACAGAAGCCAACGACCGUGCACCAACGAUGACUGACCAAGACAAUGACGCGACGAGGGACAACAGGCACACAGGGCUUAAAUACACAAGGGAGGUGCAGGUGAUUGGAAACAGGUGGGAACACUCAGGCAAUCACAGGACAGGACAGGAAGUGAAGCUCACCCAGAGACACAAGAGACAAGAAAACUACAAAAUAAGACAGGAUGAGGACCCAAACCGGGACAAGUUGAGGUCUGUCUGCUGCUUACUGGGAUCUUGGAAUCCCGGGGAAGGCUGGCGCUGCCUUUCAACGAUUGGAAGGAGGAAGAGGAGGAUGAGGAAGGAAGAGUUGUUUGGGAGGUGGGGCUCAGUUUGUAUUCACUGGAUGGAGAAGGAGUGCUGUUCAGAUCUUCAUCUCCCUCCUGCUCCACAUCCUCUCCCGCCUCCUCGGGCUCGUUGUAGAGGUCGUACAGGUGGUCUCCAGAGCAGCUGUCGCGUGGCAGGGCCGUCCUCCGCUCACGCUGCUGCCCGCUCUCGUCCGGUGUUGUCGUGGGCGUUGCCGUGGGUGUGUCCCAGUAACCCUCGUCGCUCAGCGGCUCUCCGGGUUACGCGGGAUGACGGACGUGCGUGAGGGACGGGGGGUUUAGCUGCCCGCCCCCCCGCUGCACCAACCACCGGAAUCUUACUGAGCCCCAGUGCCUUCUGCCUGCUAGUUUUCUCUCUCUGCCUGCCUCCCUCUCUCUCCUUCCCUCUCUCUCUUUCUCUCCCACGCAGGCAAACACACACACACACACCAGCUGGGAGCUGUGCCUUACUGUAUCCAUGGCAACCGGGUGGGCUAAGCAACUUUUGUCAACGUUGGCGGAGCGCCAGUGUCUGUCCUCCACACCCUCCCCCAUCCCCAUCCUCCUCCUAAAUAGUAGGUAUGUCAUCUUUGUUAGUUCCUCCUCACCCUCCUGUCUUUAAAACAUCUACCACAAACCGCUAAUGAAAUGUCUGAACCUGGAGAAGUGCACAUGCAUUAUUCCAGUUUUUGAGGAGAGCAGCUUUUAUGUUUGCCAUUACUUGAAUUGUAGUCAGAACACUUCACUUCAGGGUAUUUUUUUAUUUUUUGCCUUGAGAACUACAGUAGAGCACCAACGUCAACAUAUCAACCACGUAUAUCGCAUGACUAUAACAACAAAAAAAGGAAUUCACAUGGAACCAUGGUUUAAACAAGACAUCAUGGGGAGAAAGGAAGGAUCUUCAUAAAAGUCCUGGGAAAAGGUCAUGGAAUGUGGAAAUAUUUGCUUAUUUUUUACCAGCUAACCCCAGCAUUACCACCAGCAGUCUGCAACCCUGCUCAAAGCCAGCCGUUAACAUAAAUGGAAUCAGUUGACUGAUGUAGCAUUUAAUCAAUCGUGAGCCCAACUUGGCCUCAGCAAACCACGACUUGGACAGAACGUGUACCGCUAAGAACAGAUGGGAAUCAUAAAUGAAGGCCCAACUCCUCAGCGUUCCUUCUUUGUUGCAGGUUCGUUGUUGUGUAGAAAGUCACCCAAACUGAAACCUCAGUGUAUUUGCCUUUAUUGUAUUGGAGUUUCUAAAGCCGCAACAUGUGCACUAGGUUGUGAGCACAGUGGUUGUAAAAUGCCACCAAACUGGCUUACUCUCAGCUGUAACCACCACACAAGCAACCCUUUACUAAAUUCAACAGAAAAGCUCUCAGAAAGGAGAAGUUGGUUUUAAAAAAUCCACACUUCCACGGAUGGUUCGUGGAUUGUAAAGAGCGGUCUGGCCGGCAAGGGACAAUAACAUAACUUUUUGGGGACCAAUUUGAUCGUCUAUUAAAACAAAUGAUUUUUUUCAGCUAUGCUUCACAGUGCACCUUAAAAACCCAUUGAUCACAUGUGUGAGGUGUUAAGAUAUCCUGUUGCACAUGUGGUUCAAAGGACUAGAUGGGUGAAGCGUGUUAUUGGUGCAGUAAGAAUUUGUGGCCCUUUGAGGUGAACUAUAUUUACCUCUUGUUAAUGCGGGACUUCUUAGUCUGAUGUUUAUGCCAGGAUUCAUUCAUUCAUUUCUUGUCCCUAAAAGCCGAACAGUUAUAAAACUGAGCCAGUAAACUCCCCAAAAAUUUGUUUGACAUUUCAACCUCCUUGACAUUUAAAUGAAUUUGUUUUUUUUCCCAAACCUGCAUGAACUUUGAUGAACCGCAUGGUGGCUGUGACUUUAUUCACAUGAACUUAAACCACUCAAAAGGUUCUUCAUGCUAAACUGGAAGAACAGGUUAGUUGUUGAGGUGGAAACAAAGCACAGCCGGGCGUGUUCGUUGAAACUACCCCCCCCCCCCCACCCCCCUCCAUUUGUUUAUCUAGAACCAGUUUCCUCCUUUGCAUGGAACUUCCCUCAGUGUAGCUUGUGUGACGUGCACACACAUAGGAAGUCAUCUACGGGACGGAACACCUUUCAGGGACAUUUUACCAGAAGAGGUCUGCUACAGAAAGAAAUACUCCACAUCUUAUUCCGCCGGGCACGAGACCACACUGUUGAGCAGGACAAUAGAGAUCAUCUCAGGGAAGCCAAUGCAUUUCAAGCAGAAAAAGUUGCAGCACCUGGGGAUGUAACUAAAAGGUUUUCUAAAGGAUCUGGCUGAGGAAGUCUAUCGUGGGUUGAGAACGUCUGUUUUGGUUCUGAAGCUCUGAGACCUUUUCGACAGCAUUCUGCAUUCUUUAUUUUUUUUUCUCUACCAAAUCUAAGUAGGUUGUUUCUUCCAACAUGUGACAAGUCUUACACAAGGCACUCGGGAAAUCCGGUAAUAUCUAUCCUUGACCACUAGAGGGCAAAGUUUCAUAACAAAAGAAGUAUUUCUCUCUAUUAUCUGAAAUAGUUACACUGAAUUUAAAACAUAAAGAUAUAUAUUAUCGAAUAAGUUGUUUUUCAUUUCUGUAAAAUAUGUUUAUGCUGGGUUUGUUUCAACAAACUAACACCAGUUAGAUCAAAUUCAAAUGAAAGGAACUGAUUUAAUAGUUUUAUGGUCAUACUAACCAAAACACAGCAAUAUACUUUAAUUGAGUCUUUAAGUUGUUAGAUCUGGGAAAGACAAGACGAAACAAAUUUGAAGUAUCAUGAUCGGUCAUUAAUAACAGGUGUGAGGCCGAACCUGAUCAGCUGACGUAAGCAAGGAAGCUGCUUCCAGGAAAAGUCGUGUUGCUCUAUUGUUUGGGAAACAUUUGACUUCUAAAGAAAUAUGAGCGUGGCAGAGCUGUAGCAGAGCGGCUAGGUUUACAGAACUCACCUUCCGGGGAAGAAAACAUGUUGAAAAAAACCUUUCAAGGAUUGGCCUUUUUUGGUUCUUUAAGUGUGGCAUGUUUUAUUUUUUAUCAAUUCAACAACAAAGAAAAAACUUUACAUAUUUUCGUAUCGUCGAAUCGUUCUGUAAAUCGAAGUAACCCACUUCCCCCAGUCCUGAAUGUCAAUGACGAAGAGACACCAAUGCAGACCACUGAAGUCCCGACUUUGGAACGCUGUCCCGAAACCCCCCCAGAUCUUUUGGGUCCGUUGCUUGUGGAGUUUAAUUCUAAACGGACUCUGGAUGAGGUGAGAGAGAAAUUCGGUUCUCCUCUUCAGGAAGGAGGCCGGUACAAGCCGUCAGGCUGUAUCGCACAACAGAAGGUGGCGAUCAUCAUCGCGUUCCGCAAUCGGCACGAGCACCUCAUUCAUUGGCUGCAUUACCUCCAUCCGAUACUGAUUCGACAGCAGUUGGACUACACGGUGUAUGUCAUCAACCAGGAUGGAGAAGGCGUGUUCAACCGGGCUAAACUGAUGAAUGCAGGCUACGUGGAAGCAAUGAAGGAAUAUGAUUACGACUGCUUAGUCUUCUCUGACAUAGAUUUGGUGCCUGUGGACGACCGUAACCUCUACAGGUGCUUUGACAAUCCUCGACACCUGGCUGUGGCCAUGGACAAAUUCAACUUCCAGUUACCCUACAACUCGUACUUUGGUGGAGUUUCCGCGUUGUCCAAAAGCCAAUACCUGAAGAUCAACGGUUUCCCGAACACCUACUGGGGCUGGGGCGGUGAGGAUGACGAUAUCUACGGGCGAGUCGUCCUCCGCGGCAUGACCAUAUCUCGACCUGACUCCGUGAUAGGAAAGUACAGGAUGAUCAAACAUACCCGGGACCUGCACAAUGAGGCUAAUCCAGAGAAUCCCGGUAAACUACAACACACCAAACACACCAUCGAUACAGACGGCAUUAACACUCUCAAAUACACAGUCAAAGAGAUUAAGAGGGACCGACUGUUCACUUUCAUCAACGUGGAUAUUGAAGCUCCCAUAAAAUAAAUGAAGAUGGAACCUGUGGGUAUUAGACAGCUGUGAUUUCUUGGUCUUUCAGGAUUUAUUUUAAGUGAGAGCAUGUUCUUGAAACCUCUUGUUUGUCUUGGUGUAGUGUUGUAUGCAUACCUGUGCUUGGGUCUGUGUCUAAAUGAAGUAUGCAGAUGUUCUUUCUAUUUUUGUUUUCUCGGUACAAUCUUCAACCAACCGUCGUUACUGUCAAAAUCGAAAGUGAAUCAUUUUUUUGUGGCUUUCACACAUAAUGUGAAUGUUUUAGGGUGGGGAUUCUUUUGAGGCACCUGUGGAGCAUCGGGCUACGCUUAGUGGUGGAUUUAGAGACAUCAACCGUGUGCUCAUGAAGAAGUGAAGAUGGUGGUUUGGAUUAAGUAGACGCAUCCAUUUGGUGUGUGUGUGUGUGUGUGUGUAUAUGUAUGUGUAUAUAUAUAUAUAUAUAUAUAUAUAUAUAUAUAUAAUUACAAGGGAGAGUAUAAUAAAUAUAGGGUUUUAUAUUGUAUAAUUUAGAUCUUUCUACGUUGUAAUGGGUUUUUUUGUCGAUACAAUUGUCUUAAUAGUUUUGUACAUGCUGGAAUGCAUGAUGAAAUUAGAAGGGGAAAGGUCCUUUUGGUGGCAGUGAUGCACAGGUUGUAUCUUAUUUAUUUUAGGGAGAUGGGCUUUCUGGUUUCAGUUAUACAUUGCCUUUUGGAACAAAAUGGUUCUGCAUGGCUGAUAUCUUCAUUGCUGCUAUGCAAAGUAAUAUUUCACCAAUUCCUACUUGCAGUUGUUUUGAACUCUGGUGCAAUAAAUUUUACAAGUUUCAUGCAAGGCUACUGUUAUACUUGUCUUGGGUAAUUACAGGCAACAUUGAUUUAUGGAAACACUUGCUAAAACCAAAACGAAAGCAGGAAAAAAACAGUAAAAUAAUAACAUUUUGGAAAUUGGGCAAAUGUUUUUUUUGUUUUCUAUGUUUAGUUUUCUGUUUUGCUUAAACUCUUCUCCCUCAGGGUUCCAAAAAGCUUGAAUAACCUGUUUAAGUAACAGUACUUACUACAGUAAGUAGUUCUUUUUCUGGUAACAGGUAAGAAAUAUGACCUGACAGGCCAUCUUACACACUAUGUACACACUUAUUCAGCACUGUUGCUCUUGUAAAUGAGAGGCAACACAACCCGCUUUGAAAGUAAUGUUAAUCUGGUAAUUUAUUUGUGAAAUCAGGAUAUAUUUCGGUUGUGUGUCACACAAAAGUUCAGUUAAGUGAACACGUACAAAUGUUGAGUACUAAAUUGAAGACAUUGUGCUGUGUAUCUCUCUCCCGACCUUUUAAAGGGAAUUUCAGGCAAAAUUCAUCUUGUGACUCCUAAUUCAAUUCAUAUUCUAAUCUGCUGCUCACAAGGUCCCAUUGAGUUUGGAUCAUAAUUAAACAUUCUUAAACAGGAACGAUUAUAAACCAGAUUCGGCUGAAGCUUUCCUGUUCUGCAUGCUUUCAUUUUUCACACUGAGCCAAAGAGCACUCUCUGCUCACAGCUUGUCUGAUGGUGAAUUAUUGACAAGUGAAAGGAUUACACAACAUUGCCCUCGGAGGAUCCGUGGCAGCAUGCCAGAGAGUAAAGCAGAGUGAUAAGGUUGGACAAAAGGGUCGUGUUAGUGUAGGUGAUGCUGGGGGCUUUGCAUGCUGUUGCAGAGGUGAAAAGCAGUGGAACCUCUUCAUGACUUGUUGAAGUGUUCAGAACGACAUGUUGGUUAGUGCAUGGUUUUUAUCUGCGUGAAUGUUCAAUCACGGCAACCCCCCAAACACUGGCCCAUCCUCCUUCCUGCCCAGCCCCCUCUUUUCAUUGGUUGACCUAGUAGAGUUACUAUGGGAACAACUGUAGAGAGGCUGCCAUGAAAAUUGUGGGGUGCAGCUUGGUCUCCAUCUCACACACACACACACACACACACACACAAACACACACACACACAGACGUUUAACUUGGCAUGGUAACCCUACCUAUAAUAUAUAUUAUUAAAUAUCAGUACGACCACAACUCAACUGUAUGAUAGCAUUUUUCUCCACCAGUAUCUUUGAUAUAUUGGUAGAGAGGGGUUCUUUAUUGUUCUUUCUGAAAAGCCCAAAUGAAUAUUGCUGUUUAUGUGUCUAUCUACUCCACUACUCUGCUUUGUAAACAUGAACACCUAACACAAUAUAGUUUCAUUGGAAUGCCCCCAGCUUCAAACUGAGAAUCAGCAGACACCAAUGUAGCUUUAAACACAGACAAAACAUAAAAAAUUCAGACAUGAGCUGGAAAGUAGUUGAUCAAAACAAACUCAUAAUUGAUGUAAAAAUGAAGAAAAAGUGCCCCCUCACGCCUCUCAUUUCAAAGACUAUGCUGCUUUUUAAAGAAUUCAAAGCUCAUAUGCAAUAAUUCAUGUCACAGCAUAACAAUUCAUCUGUGUUUCAUUCACUACACUCCUUGGUGUACAGAUUAGUUCAGUUAGGGGCUGACAUCAGCUAAUGCUAGCAAACCAUGGACAGAUGAUGCACUAACUUAUAGAAUCAGUUUGCCAACCCUUCUCUUCUUGUGUUACUAGCACAGGAAGCUUUAGCAAUACCACUAGGCCACUAUUGCCACUUGCGGGUGCUGUUAACCAGAUGGCUAUAUACGCUGGCUAAAAACUUCUAACGAAACAAAUUGAAGCCAGAAAAUCCCUUACUCACAUCUUGUUCUCUCACUUUUCUUUUCACUCCCUCACAUGUUUGCUCUCUCUUCGACGGCUCAUUUUAUGAAACGUAUUCUUUGGCCCAAAGUUGAUCCUCCCUGUCCCGCGUCAUACCUGAUUAAUGCAAAGGAACAAACACGCACCCCGUAGGCUCAAACAUGGCUCACGAUGAGGACGAGUGUCCGCAUCCAGCAUCCGGGCAGCAGCAGAUUAAUGAUGAGAUCAGCCGACGCACACAAUUUUCACUGUCAGCAUCACUGGCCUUGAUCUGGCGGGCUGGUACAACUGAGUGUUAUGCUAUUACGUAAUGCUUUUACAUAAAGCUCAGCAGAACCAGAGGGAGAAGGAACUGGGUAGAGGGAGGGGGGGGGCGCUGCACCAUUCAAAAGGGGGAUUCGCACUGCACCAAAUCCUCCUCCCACCACACAUGCAUGCGCACCCACACCACAACAACAUAUGAGCUUUCUCCAUAGCAACGUGUGUCUCCCUCUAAACAACGAAACCCUCCCUUUGAUUGAUAUUAAGGACACAUGGAUGCAAACAAACAGGUUUGUCGUUCACAGGCAUCAGCUGCCUGUCCACAUUUUGGCUCUCUGUCCCUGUCUCAACUGUGCAACUUUACCCCCCCCAGAGCCCCAACAGCAGACAAUUACACAUCACAUCAGGCUCUCAUCUCAGCAAUCAAUAUAGUGUAUUGAUAACCUAGUGCUUCCCGAGCCAAGCAGACCUCUCCCCACGACACAAACGCCACACACUGCAACAAAUCAACAAAAGUAUCUCUGUUUCACAACCUCUCUCACACCCGACCUGCUCUUUUGAGACUCAAGCCAUGUUGGUGUUUGGGGAGGAAUUUGCUCUAAUCAUACAAUCACACAAAGCUUCUGACAUGGAGUGUAUGAGUUUUUGUGUAAAUGGGGUUAAAAAGAUUCUGGAGCUAUCAGCGCAAAUAGUUUUAUUCAUUAAAUAUGAAAAAAGUGGAAAGAUCGUCACAUUGUGAACAGACUGUUAAAAAAAGAGAAGGAAAACCUAAUGUGCUUUUCCAUCACAGCAAUUGACCACAUAUGAAGGCUCAGAUUUCCGAAAGGAAGGAGAGAUGCAUCGACAAUAAAUAUACAACGAAUCGAUUCGGUUAGCAAUGUGAUGCAUCUGUGGUUGAUGUUAUUACUGUAUACAGGCCAAUGCAACUGAUAAAAGUACCCAAACUUUACUCAUUACUGUCAUACUUGGAAAAAGUGAAAAAACAAGUUCUACUAAAACACCAAACUGCAGCAUAUGGGACAUUAACCAAGUAGGAUGCCAUAUUUAAACUAAGGACUGAUCAUUCCUUUUUUGUUAAUAGCACCCCACUCUCCCUUAAUCUUAACAGUGAUGUAAUUUGAUUGGUGACAAUGUGACAAAUUAUGAUUUUUAGAUUCUAAGGGCAAGGUUUAUGUCAACAUUCAACAACCACCACGUCAGCUGUUACAAAAAAAACAACUCUUUUUAGUUAUUUAACCAAGUUCAUAAUAGUUUCACCCCAAAAUCAUCCGUCUUUUGUCAAUUGGUACUCCAAAGAAGGGAAGAUGGAAGUGAUUGCAUACUGAAGAGCGAAGAGCACAGUGCGCACACAGAAAACCUGAAUGGAUAUGAUCUUUGUCUGCUCCCUCGAUGACCUUUAGCCUGCCCUUUUGAGAAACACUCUCACUGUGAACCUGGGAUCAGGUAACCCCGUGGCCUGUCCUGCACUACACCAUUCAUAGAUUGAACAGAUAUCUGAACCUGGAACGGGUCGGCU